ACCUCUGCAACCCUCUCCAGCCAGCCCAACCCGCACUAGCACCAUCAAGAUGGCCUCCGCUCAGCAGAAGUUCGACUACUACAUCUCGCAGGUUGACAAGGAGCUCUCCAAGUACCCUACCCUCAACCGCCUCGAGUCGCAGACCGGCAUUCCCAAGGCCUACGCGACCCUCGGCGCCGCCGCCGUCUUCUCGACCCUCGUCUUCUUCAACAUCGCGGCGAGCUUCCUCACCAACUUCCUCGGCUGGGCGCUCCCGGCCUACUUCUCGAUCCGCGCGCUCGAGUCGCCCGGCCACGACGACGACGUCCAGUGGCUCACCUACUGGGUCGUCUUUGGCCUGUUCACCUUCAUCGAGAACUUCUCGGGCCUCAUCGUCGCCUGGUUUCCGUGGUACUACGUCGUGAAGACCGGCUUCAUUUUCUAUCUGAUUCUUCCCUCGACUCGCGGCGCCGUCGUCCUCCACGAGAAGGUCGUCAAGCCCAUGUUCCACCAGCGCAAGGUCGCCCCGACCACCACCUCGGGCACCACGAGCGUCACCUCGACCCCGGUCGUCGCUGCCCAGUGAACCGCUGCACGCAAGGCGCUCGCCGCGCUCGACCGCGUCGACGCCGAGGUUGCACACUUGAGCGGCCGAGCGAGGAGCGCUGUCGAGCGCCUCUCUGCCCGUCUGCCCUAGUUUGCCGUCCUCUCUCGUCCUCCCCCUCCUCCCUCUUUGUUCGAUAGCUCCCCUCCCCCGUGCUUUCCCGUCGUACCUGCGUCUCUCCCCCUUUUACCCUUACACCUCCUCUCGUCAAUCUCCCUCCUCGAUCCGCUUCCUCUCCUCUCCUCCCCUCUCCGUCUCGACAUGGACACAAUCAAGUAGUGACGCUCC